GAUUUUUGCGCCAAACAAACAACAACACCCAUCAGCAGGGCAAAAACCGCUGUGUCCGUGUCGAAGUGGUCGACAGCUCACACGUUCUUGGAGCGAGGUGUGGCUCACUUGCAAGGCAACAGCAAUUACAAAGCAGCAACAUCAUCAACAGGGCCAUGGACGUGGCGGAAGAUGUCGCAGGCUGGGAUGAAGCCAUGUUUGUGCACAAGCUGGACAAUCUCCUUCGCUGUCCCAUCUGCCUGCUGGGCAUCCGUGAUGCCUCCAUGUGUCCAUCGCAGCACAUCUUCUGUGACGCCUGUCUCCGUCGCUCCGUCUCCAUCCAACGCAGGUGUCCUGUGUGCAAAGACUUCCUUACUGAAAGCCGCAUUCAGCCGGCUCGGUUUGUUCGGCACAUGGUCGACAAGCUGGAGGUGUACUGUGACAACAAGCAUGACGGAUGCGCCGAGACCACCACCAUCGAACGGCGAACGCAGCACCUAUCACGCUGCCUCUUCAAAAAGGUUGAGUGUCCCAAUGACGGCUGUGCUGUGCUGCUGCGCGCACAUGAGGUGGAAGCACAUCGAGAGGUUUGCCCGAUGGAGACUGUGCACUGCGAAAACAAAUGCUGCCGCUCCCGCAUCAGGCGGAUGGACGUUGCGAGCCACUCGUGCUACGAUUCGCUGGCUGCGAAAUGGGAGCAGGAGCGCAAGGAGUUGGAGGUGGCGCAUCGCGAACGCGAGAGGCAGCUCGAGGAGCGAUUUGAGCGGCGGCUGCGGGAAAUGGAGGACCGGUUGCUCGCGUGUGUUCACGCUGCUCUUUCCGCCGCGGGCUGUGGUACCAUCAUGUCAGAUGUUGCCGUCGACAAGCAGAUGGCGGAAGCGAAUGGAAUCCGGUGGGAAUCACAGCGAAAACUCUUUCUGCCCAUCAACGGACCCCGCAUCCUCCUCUCCACACCAUUCUCAUCCGGGGUUGCAACGUGGCGGUGGCGGAUGUCUGGCAACAGCUCGUUUGAGUUUGGUGUUGUCGCCGAUUGCAUUGAGACAGACAUCAACAACGCGCUGCAUACCCGCGGCCAAACGGGCUUCGCCUCUGCGAGCACCUGUGGGAGUUCGCUGCCGUGCACGCUGAGCAUUGACAGCGGCUCUGUUGUUGAGUUUCGGUGCUGUGCGACGACUGGUGACGCCGUGUGCUACAUUGGCCAGCGCCGCGUGUUCCAGGCAAAGGUCGACGUGCACAGAAGCGCCCGCACUUACAGUGGUCUCCGCCUAGCAGCCACACUCUGGCACGGGACGCGCAUGGAGCGGCUGCCGCUGUCGCCGACGGAGCUCGUGGUCCAUCCGCCACUUUCGUCUGCUGCGCGCACAUCCGCAAUCAACAACGCGGCGCCAGGUUCACACGUGCUCAAUCGUGACGAUGGCGGUGGCAGCCGUGAUGGCGAUGAAGACAAUAACGACGAUGCCGAUGGUGAUGAUGACGCGCGUGCUGAUGAUGAUUAUGAUGAUGAUGAUGACGAUGAUGAUGAUGAUGAUGAUGAUGAUGAUGACGAUGAUGAUGACGAGCUGGAUGUGAAUGUUGAGGAUGAUGAGGCGAUAGGUCCUGUGCUUUUGUACGGCGAUCGUGUCAUGGAUGAGGACGAUGACUGCGAACACGUGACCGCCCAUGCAGAGUGUAUCAUCUGCACCAGCUGCCUCACUUGCUCAGGCUACGGUGCGCGGUGCUGUGUGAGCGGCCCGCGUCGACCCCCAGAUGUCGCAGGACAGGAGUGCGGCUGCGGCCCAGGACGAUCCGGCUGCCUCAGAUGUGGCCGGUGCGACACGUGUAUCCGCACACGUGCACCCCGGAACCCCAUUGCCGUCGCGGCGUGGCGCUCACUCCACCCACAUCGAUGAGCAAACGCACCGCCUCACCAACAACACAAACAGUUUUGUUGUCUCAUCGCUGUGUAUGUCCAUUUGAUGCGUCGAACGCCUGCCCUGUUCUGAUUACUCCCACAGUCCAGCCCCUCUGUUCCAGCCCCCUAUCCACCUCUUGUUGCCCGCGUUAAUGACACGAUCCAAUCAUGGCAUGGCGAUGAUUUACUUGUUGUUACAUCAGUAAAGCGUGACACGCAG